ACAUGAGGAUCAUGGGAAAUGAAGUCCUGAAUUUAUUAUAGGCCCAUAAUAAAGAUGACGAAAUGCUGUAGCCCAUGGCUUUUGAUCUGUAGAUGGCGCUGGGUCCCAACGUAUACCCAUCACCCCCGCAUCAUUUGAUGGAGACACUUGGAUGGAGAGAGAGAGAGAGAGAGAGAGAGAGGGAGAGAGAGAGGGAGAGAGAGAGAGAGAGAGAGGAGGUUCUGCUAGUCACUGCAGUCACGUUCUCUCCCUCUAUUCACGCGCAGUGCACUUGCCUAGCGAUGCUACAGCGGUUCCUCCUCCCUUAUGUAUUGGACUGUACAGCUACAAGAAGCGGGAGAUGCGCAUCAGCAACCCGCUACCCGCCGAAGCUCUCUCCACUUCAGGACGGAAGAGACUAAAUGUGGAUGCAUUCAGGUGCAAACUUGCAUGAACUAAAAAAUAGUCCAUGUCGGGGUUUCGGCAUGUUAGAUAGCUGCACGUAGCCUUUUCUAGGGCUAUAUUUCACUGUUGGAAAAGGGAUUCGGAGGCGUCCUCAGCUGUUGCAUUUGGGGGCUGAAGUGUUCGGAGCACAGAGAGGUCAGGCAACUAUGCUUUUGAUUUCGAACGGUAAUUCCGGAUCAGUUUGACUGCGAGCGGAGGUUGACUGUCAGCGCCCUCUGAGUUGUAUUUCAAGCCUUUUGUCGCCGGUAUUCCCGACAACGGAACCGUAGGGAUGGAAAAAGCUAGUCAGCCACAGCUUUCGCUGUCCAUAACAAAGAGUGAAAGUCCAGCGGAGGACAUCUCAAAUAUACAGGACGAGGACCUUCUCAAGUGGACCAAAGAGGAUUUGGUGCGGCGGCUCCGGCGGUCUGAAGCCGAUAAAAUGAGCGUGAUACUGGACCACAGCAAUCUGAUCCGCGAGGUCAAUCGCAGCCUCCAGCUGCACUUGAACGAGAUAAGAGGGCUGAAGGACAUCAACCAGAAACUGCAGGAGGACAACCGGGAGCUGAGGGACCUGUGUUGCUUCCUGGAUGACGACCGUCAGAAGGGCAAGCGGGUGUCCAGGGAGUGGCAGCGACUGGGGCGCUACAGCGCCUCCAUCAUGAGGAAGGAGGUGACGUUGUACCUUCAGAAGCUCAAGGAGCUGGAGGUGCGGCAGGACGAGGUGGUCCGGGAGAACCUGGAUCUCAAAGAACUCUGUUUGUUACUCGACGAGGAGAAAGGAAGAGGUGGUGGGGGGGUGGGGGUUGGUGGAGGAGGAGGAGGGGGAGGUUGUGUGGUGGGGGUGGCAGGAGGGUGUAGGAAUUCUAUCGAUAGCCAGAGUAGUUUGUUGCUGGUCCCCGGGACAGGGUUGUUGAUGAGGGACGUGGGGGAUGGGAGUAGUACGUCUAGCGCGGGGAGCGCCGACAGCUCCGAUCACCCCCACCACAAGCAGCUCCACCUGGUUACACACGCCGGUAGCCUCGGGGGCGGUGGAACUGGGAGCCCGGAGCAUCUCCAAAAGCCCCGGGCUGGCAGUGUGAGUGGAGAACGUGAGAUCCCCUCCAGCCCUGAACCUCCUCACCCCCAGGGCAGGCACCGUAGCACCAGCCUGGAGUAUCCCUACGCCAUGCCCCAGCUCUGCCGGCCCCGCUGCGGCUCCAUCUCGGUGCCCGACCACACCCAUAGUGCCCGUUCCAUGCGGGGGCUCAGCCCCGAGAAGUACGGUCGCAACGUGGGUCGCCGGAGCCCCGAGUCCCAGCACCCAUCCACCAAGCACCACCACCUCCACAGCUCCGACCUGCUUCUCUCCCAGAAACAGCAGCACCUCCUUGGGUCGGGUCAGGGCGGCAGCGCCGGGGAGCUCUACCAGAGGCACCACAGGGGGAGCAUCGGGGGCGGUAGCUGCUGUGGAAGCCCCGAGCCCAGACAGGCACAUCUAGGGUUGGGGACGCCAGAGCACCAGCACCAUGAGAAGGGCUGUGUGAUGUCGGCCGGGGGCAGUCCAGAGACUCACAGGCACCAGUAUAGUGGGAGUCCAGACCACAUGAAGUUCGGCAGCCCUGGGAGAGAGGUACAGAAGAGACCGGCCACCGCUGAAGAGCUGUCACCGCAUCACAGGAGCAUCUACAACGGCAUGAACGCUUUGAUGUCAGCUGGAUGCUGUACCACCAACUGUAGAAAUGUGAAAAUAUGGGACAGCUUCGAUGCCUCUUCUUGACCACACUGCACCCCAGCUGGGACGUUUGGGGUGAAACGUACCUCCUCAAUGGGGGGAUAAGGAGUGUCCAACACUCCUGCUGCCCUGGCCGAAACAGACACUAGGACAACUGGACACCCCUCUCCAAGAUCCUAAUGUUCUGUCCCAUCCGUCCUCACAUACUACUAUGUUUUCAUUUCUACAUAUCUAGAGUUCGGGACAAUUUGGGGGAAAACUUGGGAAUGCUAUUAGGACAGAUGGAUGGCAUUCCCAAAGACUGCCACAGCUAAAUAGAUGAGAGCUAGACUGGAUACCGAAUAUGAGCUCCCUGCCAACCACCAUGACAUGACCUACCCCCCAGAGAGGGAAAGAUGCAGGGGAAGAAGUGAAAAGAAGGAGAGAAGAAGAUGAACUCUCCUCUCUGUUUACAGAUUCAUCUCAUCAGUCUGGGGUCCACUAUCUCUCUCUCUCUCUCUCUCUCUCUCUCUCUCUCUCUUUAUCUAUUUUUAUCUUUCUCUCACUCUCUCCUCUUCCUCCCUCUGCCUCUACCCUUUCUCUCUUAAUCUCUCUCUUAUUAUCUCUCUCUUAUUAUCUCUUUAUCUCUCUCUCUCUCUUAUUCAUCUUUCUCCCUCUGCCACUGCAUCUCCUCUCUAUCUCUCUCUCUCUCCCGUUCCUCUUUCUCCCUCAGCCUCUCCCCUCUCUCUUAAUCUCUAUAUCUUCCCCUUCACUUCCACUUUCUUCUUCUCUUUCCUCUCUCCCCUGCUAUCUCGCUCUCUCCCACCACCCCCUUUCUCCUUCCAUCCCUCCCUCUUCCCCUCUCCUUCCCUCCCCCUCCUUCCCACCCUACCUCCAGCAGCCUCCACAGAUAUUCAUCAUCUUCUUCUGUGUACUGAGACAGUAGUAAUCUAAUGUUCCUCCCCUCGUCUGCAGCCACAAAUCUAGAUGAUAAGAUUAUCCUAUCCUCUCCCAGUCAUCAUCUCAAACUUUUGUUGACCAAUUUCAUUAAACAGAGUGAAAAAGCUGAAGUUUGUGUUAAAGGGAAAGUUCAGCGGAAUUGCAUAUUUAGAUAUUUGUUUCCUCACCUUGAAAACAGUUUCUCAAAUAUCUAAUUUUGCUGAACUAUCCCUUUUUUAGAAGUUCCUAGGCAAUUACCCUCCACCACCAACAUGCUGUGUCUUAUUACAAAACUACAAAAUGGCCGCCAAUGUUAGCUUGUUGGGUAACGUUGUAGUUCAGAUACAGUGUUACGGUGUUAGCCUAGUUUUCUUUUUUGUAAAAUCUUGCUCCCUUGCUCCCCUAUAUUUCCAGCUAGGGAGGUGAGUAUACACUCUCCAUGUUGUUUUAUACAAGAAAGGUAAAGUCAAAGUACAUAGUAGUUUAUUGGGAUUAGUUUUCUAUAUAUAUAUAUUAUAUAUAAUGAUUAUUAUUUUUGACUGGUAUUAGAACAAUUAUAUGAAGAUAUCUAUGUAUACAAAAUAAUAAAGAUUCUUCUUUAUGUAAA